CGACAGUAGAAAAUAUAAUUCUCAACUAUGGCUCGUCUUCUGGUGUUGCAGGUGAUCUUGCUCGCAAUGGUCGUAGACGCUGUCUAUGGUUACGGUUGGAAAAAGAACAUAAAACGUAAUGAAGGAUCAUACGAUGAAGAAAAUCAUGGGGAGGAUCAUGGGGACGAUAAAAAGGAUGACGAAGAAGACGAAUAUGACAGCAAAGUUGGCAAAUACAGCAAAAAUAAAGACGCCCCAAAAGAGAAAGAAUACACCAAAAAGAAGGAUGAGCCAAAAAAGAAAGAAUCCAGCGGUAAAAAAGACGUAGGUAAAGGAAAGAAGGCAACUAAAACAACUGUAAAUCACGAUGAUGGGGAGGAUGAAAAGGGUGACGAAAAAGACGAAUAUGGCAGCAAAGUUUACGAAUACAGCAAAAAGAAAGACGCCCCAAAAGAGAAAGAAUACACCAAAAAGAAGGAUGAGCCGAAAAAGAAAGAAUCCAGCGGUAAAGACGGCGUAGGUAAAGGAAAGAAGGCAACUAAAACAACUGUAAAUCACGAUGACGAUGACUAUAAAAAGUGAGAAAAAGCCAGGAUCACUGAUUCCAAGGGAAAUUGCAAAUUGUUUUUCCUUUUUUUUGUUUUAAAUUAUACAUAAUACUUUGGUGUGAAUCAAUAAAAAUUAAUUUUAACUC